GCGAAAAGAGAUUUCAUGAACGCGUCUGUUUUGCACGGCACAAAAUGUUCGCUAGUUUUUCCUGGUAGAAAUUCUGCAAAUAGUAAAAUUAUGUCAAAGAAAUAGUCAUAAUAUAACUUACAUACCCAUUUAAACUUAAACGAAAAUAAAUAGGAAAAUUCUCGGCUGACGAACAUAAUAAUACUUGUAUGGUGGUGCACAAUUUAUAAAAAUGGACACGCUCUUCGAUCAACUUAAAACGGAGACGCCGGCAAAUUUGACAAUCGCUGAGUCUACUAACACAUGUGAGUCUAUAAAGUCUUCUAAACGGUCACCUUCCCCAGAAUCACAUAAAGACUCGGAAAUUCCUAAUAAAAUGCAGAAGUUAUCAAUAACAAACAAGUCUUCAGAUAAUUUGGGAACUCGUCGUGAAUCAAUGCCUCCUCCUGCAACACCAUUUGUCAUGAAAAGUGCAAAUAAAAGUCGCAGUUUAUCACCACCAAAAGGCCAAUUAGUUAGACCAUUUAAAGUUCUCAUAGAGAGGAAAAAAAUGGAAGACCUAGAUGGCAAGAGUCAGAAGCUUGGCAAGACAUCCAAAUCUUCAACACCUGUAAAAAAUGGAGAAAAUUCACCCAAGAAGUUAACACCCACGAAGGCACAGCAAAAACUUUUUGAUCCAGAUGUGCUUGUUAAAGCAAAACAGUUAACUCAAUUCAGUGUAAAACGUUGUAAGGUGCGUUUAUUACGGCAAGAUUUAGCAAAACUGAAACGAGAGUUUCAUGCAAAACGGAAGAACCUGAAGUCACAUAAAAUAAAUAAACGAGAGUCUCAUGCAAAAAAGAAGAACGAGAAGUCUCAUAAGAAAUCGUCUCCUAAAAACUCCGAUAAAAAUGUUACACAUGAUAGAGAGGAAAAAGAAUCAAAAAACGCUGCUGGAUUUUUUAUAAAGAUAAACGAACUUACCCGAUCUCCCAGAUCAAAAACAAAAGUUGAAAAACCUGUGAAAGAUAAAAGGUCUUUACAAAAGUCAAGUGCAGGGACGAUUGCAAAAAAAGUAAAUGCAGCUGCUGCAAUUUCAAGCACCAAACCAACGAAGUUUACUAGAACACAACUUAUAAAAAUGUAUGGCAAGCGCGUGUUUUGCUCUCGUGUUAAUAUCGAGAAGUGUUCUCAUCCAAUGAUGUUGAUAUUUGAGUCCAAUGCUCGUGCUCGUCGUUUACAAGCCAAACGUUCAAAAUCCAAAAAUUUGUCCGUAUCUUUUCGCGAUCAGGUCGAAAUAUUUGGUGACAGUAGUGAUUCGGAGGAAGCAGAUACAAGUCCAAUGUACGAACCCGAUGUAGCAUCUACAUCAGAAGCAGCUCAGAAGUCAGCGAAUCUAAUACCCAUAUCGUUAACUGCAACCCCAGCGCGUCUCAAAAAAGUGGAAAAUGGUAAAGUUGUCGAUGAUAUCGAACUGGAUCCCUCGCUGUUUGUUGUUCCAAUAGUUGCUAGUACACCAUUUGCUACCCCAGGUAAAAAGAAGCGGGAGAAAAAAUCGUUUAGUCCCCUCAAAGGGGAUGGUGCGCCUAGUCCACGCAAGGAACAACUGAAAUUGGCUAAUGAAAAAAUGCCGCCAAGCAGUUUACGACGAUUAACUGCAGUUGAAGUCGACGAGGAUGAUGAUGAAGACGACGAGUGUGAAUAUAUAGUGCCCAUCGAAAUACCUGAACGUCGCAUAUCACGUACAAGUUCUGUCUGCGCGAUGGAUGAUGUUGGUUCGGAUAAACCUAAGGAAGCAUCGAACAGGGAAUCAGAACCUAUCCCGUUGGAUAGCAUGUGCAAUAAAAACACUGUACAAGACUCAUCAGGAGAAAGUUUUGCAUCAGCGGUAGAACAACCGCUUCCUAGCAACAAUGAACAAAAUCUGAGUAAUACAGAAGCUGAGGCAGUAAAAAAUACUGAAAAUGAGGCAACCACUAGUAACCUUAUGUCUGAAAUGGAAUCCGUUGAAAACGAUAAACAUGUGGUAGUGGAAACAAAAGCGAAAACAGUCGGCACGGACCUAUUAGAGCUUCCCCAACUUACACGUAUUGAAACAGUGUCGCCUUCUCAGUCAUUGGAUGACAUCGUCAACACUUUCGCUGGCAAUGCAAACGCUGUUGACUCAAAGGCAACAAGCGAAACAAUUAAGGAUAGUUGUGAAUUGGUUUCAAAUAUAAACAAUAGCUCCGACGCAAAAACAAAUGACAAAAAAACAACAGAGGAUCUCUCUAUAAUCGAUACAGAUUUGCGAGAUACCUUAGAUGAUGAUAUAUCUCUGCGAUUAUUCGUUGAAGAUGAUACCACUGCUAAUUCAAAUUUCUUGGCAGACAGCGCAAUAAAUGCUAGUGAAAUAGUAGACGGCAUUGUAAAGGAACGUAUUGAUGAGAUUUCUAAUGAUAAGCACUUGGGCUCGCCUAGUGAAGCUUCGAACCUUUUGAGCUCAAAAGUGACAGUCGAGUGAUAAUUUAGAACUAUGUUCUUAAUUAAUUAGGUAC